AUGAAUCGUAAGCAAAAUGUAAACCGAGACAUCAGAACUGUUGAUGCGUGUUUAAUUUGGUUAUCUUCCUCAUCGAUUAUUUCCCUCACGGAUCCCAGAAGUUAUUAUCUUGCAUUGUCACAAAUAUCGGUCUUUUCUGUUAAAAAUAAGUACAAGGAUAAGAACGCAUCCAUCAAGAAAAAAUGCCCACCGUGUCGCCAGCAACCCUGA